UGAGAACAACAACUUUUUCUUUAUUUUAUUAUACUUUAACAGUCCAAAAUGAGCACCAAAUUGUGGACAGAGGAGCAGUUUAAUUGCCCGGUUUGCUUGGACCUCCCGAACGAUCCUGUGACGAUACCAUGUGGGCACAGCUACUGCAUGGCGUGUAUUAAGGAUUACUGGAGCAAAGACGACCCUAAAGGCAUCUACAGCUGCCCGCAAUGUCGUCAAACAUUUUGCCCCAAGCCUCCCUUAUCCAGGAACACCAUGCUGGCCGAGGCCGUGGAGCAAUUACGCAAAGGCGGGAUGAAAAAGGACGUGCGUGACUCAAUGAGGAGCGUAAGGAGCGUAACAUCAGUGGCUUCGACUAAAUCCAAAUUGUCUUCUUCAGCUGUGCCUUGCGAUAUGUGCAAAGGAAAGCAACGAGCGGCGGUGAAAAGCUGUCUAGUCUGCAUGAGCUCUUAUUGCGAGUCUCAUUUGAAGCCGCACCAGACGCAGAAGGCGCUAAAACAGCACGAGCUCGCGCCGAUCGGGAAUUUGGCAGAGAAAAUCUGCACAGCGCACAAGUAUCUCCAGGAGUUUUACUGUAGACCGUGCAAAAUGUUCGUGUGUUGGUUGUGCACGAGCAAUCAGCAUAAAGGCCACGAGUGUGUGUCUACCAAAGCGGAAAGGAUGGAGAAACAGAAAGUAUUUGGAGACCUUCAGGCAGAAAACUCACAGCGGUUGAAAGAAAGAGAGCAGGAGCUGAAAGAAAUGAAGAACAUGAUGGAGGGAGUCAAGCGGUCAGUAGACAGAGCGUUCAGUGACACAGAGCAGACCCUCACAGAGCUUCAGAAGUCUGUGGAGAGGCUUCAGGACCUUCUGGAGGACAUGAUGGACCAGGCCAACAGGGAGAAGAUGGGACAGGCCCAGGAGGUGGUGCAGAGUCUGGAGGCUGAAAUACAAGAGCUACGAAGACGAGAAACUGAAAUGAAAGAUCUGUCCCGCACUGAGGAUCAUAUUCACUACCUGCAGACCUAUGAGUCCAUGUGCAGCCCCCUGGAGACCGGAGACCUCCCCACUGUCCACGUGAACCACGAGGCGUCCUUUGAGCCCAUACGAGACACAGUCCUGGACCUGAGGGAGAAAGUGGAGGACCUGUGCAACCAAGAACUGGGCAAGAUCAGCAAACAAGUCAAUGACACAACCCUGUUCACACUCGGAACGAAUCGCGGCGGCACAAAAGGAGCCAUUUUGAAACUAUUUUCGGGUCUGGGGAAUCGCUCAAAUAAUCGCUCCCCUGGAUCCACCCCCAGUCUGACAUCUGGAGCGAGAAGUGGAGAAAGACGAGGAAUAGGUUUGGGGAGCAAAUUUCCAGAUGUGAGAAACAGAGACACACCACGUGGGAACAGUUCACCCCGACUGAGAGACAGACUGAGAGGACACGAGCGAGAAUCAGUGCGUGAGACCAACUCCACACUGAGUCCAAGUACGAGGUCCAGUCCAACCCCGAGCCGGAGAGAGUCCAGAGAGUCCCGGUCUCUGUGGAGCAGGUCCAGUUCCCAGAGCCUGACAGUGCCCUCCGCUGGGCCAACGCACAACUCCACCCCACAAUCACAGCCUGCGCAAACUGGCCCACAAGCUGCUACUCCUGCCCCUAGUGGAGGUUUCAGUCGUAUGGCGUCGAUUACCAGCAUCUUCCGAUCUCGCCGUGGGACCAACCAGGCAACUCCAGCCUCAGACAACUCAUUUGGAGGUGGAAUGACGACUGUGCCUGAAUCACCAAUAGAAGUGAACCCAGGCCUCUUCUUGGACGAUUCUCCUGUUCCAGAAACAAUGAACUACGGUGCAGUCUUUCCUGGUUUGAGAGAAAUCAGUAUUGACAGUAUCCAGGCCCCGGAGCCACGAUCCAGAGAGGAGUUUCUACAAUAUGCUGUAUCUUUAACUCUUGACCCAAACACAGCCCAUAAACGAUUGGUCCUCUCCGAAAACAACACCAAAGCCAGUCUCCAGGCCUCGGCCCAACCUUACCCCGAUACCCCCCAACGAUUCGACGGAUGGACCCAGGUUCUGUGCCAGUCCGCCCUCUUCUCCUCCCGCAGCUAUUGGGAGGUAGAAUGGAGAGGCAGGGGGUCCUCUGUAGGGGUAGUCUACGGCUCGAUAUCGCGCAAAGGAGCCGACGCCAGAUCCGGACUUGGUUACAACGCCCAAUCUUGGACUCUGGAGCUGUCGGACACCUGCUGCUCCGCCAUGCACGACAACCAAAAGAAAGAUAUCCCGGUUACGUAUUCGCCCAGAGUUGGCAUAUUUGUGGAUACUUCCGGGGGUUUGUUGUCGUUUUACAGCGUGGCGGAUAAUAUGACGCUUUUGCACUCGUUUAGGGCGAAUUUUACCCAGCCGCUGUACCCCGCGUUUGGGGUCGGGAGCGGAGUCGGCGUGGGGUUAGAUUUCGCUCUGGGGCAGUUUAGUUCGAGCACAGAUAGCAUUAAAAUCUGUGCAACGUGAAAAAAAACCCCAACAUAACAGCAACUAGUUUUGGCAGUCUUAUAGUUAAAGGUGCACUGU